AGUCAACAGCACUGUUGGUAGACAGAAAGACGCGUUAGAGACGUUUAUUCUGUUCACUUUAUAACGUCUUCGGGAAAUACGCUGAAAAGCAUGCUGUUGAUUUGUGUAAAGUAAGCAAAGGCUCGCGCUUGCGAUCACAAACUCCUGUAAUGAACACUAUCACUGCUUAUCAAUUGUUUAUGUGAGCCAGCGGUCAGAAGCUGAAGCUGUUUUGAUCGAUGAUGUGGUUUUGCAAUCUUGAUUGCAAUUUGCAAUUUGUAGCUGAGGGAGGGAAUGGGCAUAACUCAAAAGUCAUAAGGCAACUGAAUAUUGAAUAGGCGAUUGCAUUCUCUUUCAUUCCAUGCCUUAUACUUGACUACUCUCUGCAGCUGCGACAUAAAAUCAAGAUGGCUAGUCUGUGGCGGAUGCUGCCCAGCUGCAUGAGGAGCCGACUGGGACUGCGGCUGAUGCUGCUCCUGUGGCUGGUGAUUGUGCUCGCACUCAUCAGUACCCGGUUUGUGGGCCGUGGAUGCCGCAAACGGGUGUUUGCCUACCGAGAUCAACUGGAGGAAUCGACCCAUGCGGUGGCGACUGUGCUGGAUGAGCUGGGCCUGCGCUUCUUCCUGUGCUACGGCAGUCUGUGGGGCCAGGUGCACGAGCGCCGCAACCCGCCGUGGGAGGCGGACGCUGAGCUGUGUGUGCUCAGUGAGCAGGACGACAGCGCGGCGGACAGGCUCCAGGACCGGCUGGUGAUGGCUCUGGACGCCGCCGGGUUCUUGGCCGAGCAGGACGGCCGGCUGGGCAGAUACGACGUCUACCGUACGGACGGCACUCCGGGGCUGGUGCAGAUCGUCUUCUUCGCGCCAGAUGCCGCCAAUAAGAUGUACCGUCGGGACGGCUGGAUGCACCGCUCUCACCCGGCCGUGUGUACCGGUGACACGGCCGACCCGCAGCUGCACUGCUUCCCGGCGCGGCUGGUGGCGGCGCCCCUGGAGCGGCGCCCCUUCGGCGCCCACCACCUGCCCGUGCCCUGGCUCGGCUUCGAGAUACAAAAGUACCUGUUCCCCAACACGUGGUUCAGGGACUACGCGCCCAUCUGCUGAGACCAGCUGAGUUGGGCUGAGUUGGGCCGACAACGUGUGCUGGCCAGAGCGGGACCUGAGCCGUGGAGGGCGGGGAUGGAAAUGAACGUCAGAGGACGUGACUGGUGCUGGUAUCUGGUGAGCGGUUUGAGAAGGUACAGUUAGGCGUGUGGCUCGGUGAGGUCUGGGCUGCUGUGGCCGAUAGGGAUUGGUGAUAAGGAUUUGAGGCGGACAUGUGUCUGUUCGUGAUUCGUAGGUACUACGAAGCAUCUAGUUUGAACACUUGCCUUUUUACAGGGAACAGCCAAUUCCAAGUACCGUCCUGAAAGCCUGUCGGCUGGCAAUUGGCUUAGACUUUAGAUGGCACCUUUGUAGGAAUAGCUUUUGUAGAAAAGGUGUUGUGUGCUGAGGCAGCUAUCAUGCUGGUGUUCAUAAACCAAUUGGGUUUAAACCAGUAGAUGAGAUUUAAAUCAAUAGGGAGAUUUUUGGGUGUUCAGAAUGACGUCAGCCAUAAGCAUGAAGUUCGCGUCACUAUGAAAGUUAUGCUAACCAGCUCCCAAUUCGCUGGUGGUACAAAGGCUGACCAUGCUGUUUUGACUAGUCGGGGAAAGCAAUGAACUAUAAUGCUUGUAGGCAUUCAAGUCAGAAAUGUUUCCUGUCUGGGUUGUGAGUUACAGUCAGACAUUCCAUUGUGCUGUCUAAGCUGAAGCAGAAGCUAGCUCACAGCUGAAGCUAGUUCACAGUGUGAUCACAUAUCGGAUCAUCACCAAUCCUGAGUCGUUGUAUCGGCAGGUCUUGAUCUCUUCAGUUGCCAUCAUGACGCAGAGAUUUUGAGGUUUGAGCUUCGUGUUUAAGCGCAGUAUCAUUGAGAUUAGAUCGAGCUGAAACACUUUCCGUUCGGCUUUGUAGCUUAUCUAAUCCGUCUGCUAGUCUAAAGAGAGGGUUUGUUAGCAAUGUGGUGUGGUAUGAUAACGUUUGGUGUUGUUUGCGUUCCUGCGGGGUCUUGAACGUGUGUAGCUGUCGAUUCACUGUUAUGCUGCCAUUACUGCCUGUGAUUGGUCCUCCCGAGUGUGACGUCACAGAACUGUGAUUUCACCUGUGGAGACUGUGAUUUGUAGUGAUUUGUAAUGAUUCGCUCAAUAGCACAUCGAUAAAUGCCAUUUCGAAUCGUAUUCGCGCUGUACAAUGGCUUCCACUGCUAGUUUAAAUGUCUAGCAAGACGUGAUCUUCAUUGAUUUUUACAGUGUGUCGCGAUGGUAUAAGGUCAAUGAAUGGCCUGUUUUACAUCGAUCGUCAUUAUAAGGCUGAUUGAAGGCAUCAACAAAGCCAAUCUGACUAGGCUACAUCGAAUAUCAAACCGUGCUCAGGUGUUGAAGAUAAUCAGUUUGCUUGGCCAGAGCUGAUUCAUUUGCUGAUGUUUUCCUAUCAUGAUACACAUUACACAUAUAUUUUGUAUAACUUGGACUUUGCUAUCACUACAGUUGUGCCUCCAUUUUCUUGUUUUAUCUGUGUGGCUAUACUUCCCACAAUAAACGGUUUGACGACUU